CAUUUGUUAAGCUGGAAAAGUCAUUUGCCACUUUCGUGUAUCUUUUAGAUAUUUUCCUACGUAGUGCACAAUUUAUUUGGAAUAGAUUUUCGCAAAUUAACUAGCGUAAACUAUUUUCAAAUUAACAGUAUUACGUCUUAAAAUAGUGGAAAAUGGUUUCCCCAUGGCUGGCACCUAUCAUAAUCACUUGCAUUUGGGGCUUCAUUGGAAUAAUUUGUCCCUUUUUGGCUCGUGGACCUAACAAAGGAGUCACCCAAUGUUGUUUAAUGUUGAUAGCUUCCACCUGUUGGCUAUUCUGGCUAUGUUGUUAUAUGACGCAAAUGAAUCCACUUAUCGGACCUAAACUAACCAUGAACGAGAUUAUGAUCGUAGCUCGUGAAUGGGGAAAUCCUAUUCAGGAUACAAUUGAUAUCACAUAUUAAUGUCUUCGUUAUUCGUCGUCAUUCUUGAGGGCAGCAAUUUUUGUAUAGAACCUCCAGUUAAUUUGUUGUUUGAUUGUUUUCUGUUUAUUUACAAAAAUAUUUAAAGUCCCUAUUGUAUUAUGACUGCUACUUUUUAAGCAUGAGCAUAUAUCUGUGUUUCCGUUUUGACGGCCAUGUAAAUUAUCAUUAAAGCAAAUGUUAAGAUGUUCAAUACUUUAUAAAUAACAUAUAUUGUAAUACAAAGUGUCCUUAUACAAAUAUAUACAAUCAUUUUUGCCGAAAUAGAAAUCUAAAA